CGCCCGCGACCAAAACCUCUCUCUCUCCCUCCCUCUCCCUCUUCGCGCUCAGCGCCUCUCAGAUCCGCGCAUGGUGAGAUCUUGCUCCGGCGCGUGAAACCUCCGAACCGCCGCCGCCGCAGCACGCGCGGCCGUGUCCCGGCGAGCCGGAGAUUUUGCUGCCCCGCCCCGUCCCCCCCCUUCCUCCCUCCUCCCCCUUCCCUGCUGAGCCUCCGCCGUAGUUAUUACGGAUCUGCUGAGGCGCGAGAGUGUGUCGCUUUGCUCUAGGGUUCCGAUCUCUUACUGCUUCGUUUGAGGGGGUAGCCGGGGCCUCGGCCUCGGCGGGUUUUAAAGCCCCCACCUUCACAAAUCUAUCGAACAACAACGACUGUAACAACGACGGCGGCAACAAUUGCUCCUCUAAGCUCUUGAUCCUUUACCUGUUCCUUCCUCCGCGGAAAAGAAGAGACCGCCGUAAUGCCUGCCCUCGCUUGCUGCGUGGACCCCGCCGCCGCGCCUCCCGGCUACGCCCUCGCCGUGGACGGCUCCCUCCACCCGCUGGCGGCGGCGGCGGUCCCGCCUUUCUCCGGCGCUCCUCUCUCGACGACGACCACCGCCGCCGACGCCGCCGCCGUUGAGGACGGGUCCUUCUGGUCGCCCUCGCUGUCGGCGUCCCUCUACCGGAUCCCCGGGUGGGGGGCUCCGUACUUCGCGGUGAACGGGUCCGGGAACAUCUCGGUCCGCCCGCACGGCGCGGAGACCCUCGGCCACCAGGAGAUUGAUCUGCUCAAGAUCGUCAAGAAGGCCUCGGAUCCGAAGUCCGUCGGCGGGCUUGGGCUGCAGCUGCCCCUCAUCGUGCGGUUCCCCGACGUGCUGAAGAACCGCCUCCAGUCGCUGCAGUCGGCUUUCGACUUCGCAGUUCGGUCGCUCGACUACCAGGCUCAUUACCAGGGCGUUUAUCCCGUCAAGUGCAAUCAGGACCGCUUCGUUGUGGAGGAUAUUGUCGAGUUCGGGUCCCCAUUCAGGUUCGGUCUCGAGGCCGGGUCGAAACCGGAGCUCCUUCUUGCAAUGAGCUGCUUGUGCAAGGGAAACCCGGAGGCUUUGCUGGUAUGUAACGGGUUUAAGGAUUCCGAGUAUAUAUCUCUCGCUUUGGUCGCUAGAAAGCUUGCAAUUAAUACUGUGAUUGUGCUUGAGCAAGAAGAAGAGAUCGAUUUGGUCAUUAAUUUGAGCAAGAAGUUCUCUGUGAGGCCUGUAAUUGGUGUUAGGGCUAAGCUUAGAACCAAGCAUUCUGGUCAUUUUGGGUCGACUUCGGGUGAGAAGGGUAAGUUCGGGUUAACCACAACUCAGAUUUUGCGAGUUGUGAGGAAGCUCGACCAAGCUGGGAUGCUCGAUUGCCUGCAAUUGCUGCAUUUCCAUAUUGGGUCUCAGAUUCCUUCGACAAUCCUGCUUGCUGAUGGGGUCGGAGAGGCAGCACAGAUCUACUGUGAGCUUGUCCGUCUCGGUGCCCAAAUGAAAGUUAUCGACAUUGGAGGCGGUCUUGGCAUCGAUUAUGAUGGAUCCAAAUCCAGUGAUUCUGAUAUCUCUGUUGGAUAUGACCUGCAAGAGUAUGCUUCAGCUGUUGUCCGGGCUAUUCGCUUUGUAUGUGACCGCAAAUCCGUGAAGCAUCCCAUAAUCUGCAGCGAAAGUGGCCGUGCAAUUGUCUCUCAUCACUCGGUUCUGAUCUUCGAGGCUGUUUCUGCCAGUGCUUAUGAAGCCCCUGCCAUAUCUUCUCCUGGAUUGCAACAAUUCAUGGAGAGUCUGACGGAGGAUGCUCGUGCAGAUUACAGCAACUUAUAUUCUGCAGCCAUGAGAGGUGAGUAUGAAACUUGCUUGCUCCAUGCUGAUCAAUUGAAGCAGAGAUGCAUUGAGCAGUUCAAAGAAGGAAUUCUGGGCAUCGAACAGCUUGCCGCGGUCGAUGGCCUGUGUGAUAUGGUUUCCAAUGCAUUGGGUGCUUCAGACCCGGUGCGUACUUACCAUGUGAAUCUCUCCAUAUUCACUUCGAUUCCCGAUUUCUGGGGUAUCGGGCAGCUCUUCCCUAUUGUUCCUAUUCAUCGACUGGAACAAAGGCCUGGAAUGAGGGGGAUUCUUUCCGAUUUAACUUGUGACAGCGAUGGGAAGAUCGAUAAGUUCAUUGGGGGUGAGUCAAGCUUGCCUUUACAUGAGUUAGAAGGUGAACGCAGCAUCUCUGGUAGCGGUGGUAGGUACUAUUUGGGGAUGUUCUUGGGUGGGGCAUAUGAGGAGGCGAUCGGAGGACUUCAUAACCUUUUUGGUGGCCCUAGUGUUGUGCGGGUUUCUCAGAGCGAUGGUCCACAUGGCUUUGCAGUGACUCUCGCUAUGCCAGGACGGUCCUGUGGGGAUGUCCUCCGGGUGAUGCAGCACGAGCCCGAGCUCAUGUUUGAGACACUCAGGCACCGAGCAGAGGAGUACGGCAGUGGACAGUACAACGAUCCCAUGGGCAAUGAUGCUUUAGCUAGCCGCCUUGCUCAAUCUUUCCACAACAUGCCUUAUCUCGUGGCCACUUCCUCGUGUGCCCUUAAUGCUAUCAACAACAAUGGCUUCUACUAUUGCAACGAAGAUGAUUAUAAUGCUGCUGUUGCUGAUGCUGCCUCUGGAGAGGAUGAGCAGUGGUCUUACUGCUGUGCUUGAAGUCUCGAGUUACUUAGCAUUCCCAAUAAGUCACCUUUGGUGGCGGUGAGCGGUUGUCCUCAAGGUCGUCGUCUGCUGUUUUUCUUUUUCCUUUUUUCCCAAUUUUUUAAGUAAUUUUAAUUUCAAGAGACGCAAAUGGAUGUUAGGCGAAAGCAGUGUCCUUAGCCUUUUGUCGAAAGGGGCGGACAUGAGAACCAAAACUCAUCCUCUACAAGUUUGGUUUCUUUGUUCCCUCCGUUCAUGUCCUCUUUGUGAGAUUCUUGAAAUUUAUCAUUAGUUUCUUCAA